CAGUCUCGCGCAAUACGAGACUUGAUUUUUCAUCGAAAUGCCUCGGAAUUUUUCAUCUGUUGUUAAAAGACAUCAGAUGUGUUCCGAAUAAGGAGAAAAAAUAUGGCGAUGUUGAAGCAACAGGGCCAAUCACAAUUUGAAGAAAGAUGGCCUACGAUGCGACCCACAGCACUCAAGUUGCUACGUCAAGAGCCAGUUACAAAAGCAGAGUGGCAAGAUCUGUUCUGUGCCGUGCAUUCUGUCUGCCUUUGGGAUGACAAAGGACCCCAGAAAAUGUACAAAGCAUUACAAGAUGAUAUUCUAGACUUCAUCAGACAUGCUCAAGCAAGGGUAUUACAACAUCAAGAGGAUUCCUCCUUACUAAAGGCCUACAUAGCUGAGUGGGGGAAGUUCUUCACCCAGUGUGACUAUCUCCCCAAACCGUUCAUGCAGCUGGUGACCUCACUAGCAGGGAAACCCCACGGAAGUGUCCAGCAGAAAAAGACCCAGGGAGAAGAGAGUCUUGUCAGAAAGCUGAUGUUGGACAGCUGGAAUGAGAGCAUCUUCUCUAACAUAAAGCAACGACUACAGGACAGUGCCAUGAAACUUAUUUAUGCAGAAAGAAAUGGAGAAGCAUUUGAUUCUCAGCUUGUUAUAGGAGUCAGAGAAUCUUAUG